UUUAUAUAUAGAUACAUAUAUAUUUCAUUUAUUUUAUAUUAGACAUAAAUCGCUAUUCCAAAUGUCGCUAGCAGAUGAAUUGCUUGCCGAUUUAGAGGAGGAAAACGACAAUGAAGUUGACUAUGCUGAAGUGGCUGAGUACGAGGACAUUGAGCAGGCAGCACUGGUACGUGAUCAGGCUCAAAAUCCUAUGGAUGUAGAUGUUACAGUGCAGUCGGUCCGUGAACUGUGUAAGUUGCGCGACUCGGAAAGACUCCGGUACACGCUGAAACAAAUAGAGCACUAUGUGUGUCGGCAAAGAAGCGCUUCCGAGAUGCUUGGAGUAGAGUCAGAUCCAGAGUACUGCUUAAUAGUGGAUGCAAAUGCCAUAGCCGUGGAUAUAGACAAUGAAAUAUCUAUCAUACAUAAAUUUACCAAAGAGAAAUACCAGAAACGUUUUCCUGAGCUGGACUCACUUAUUGUGGGGGAAAUUGAAUAUCUAUUAGCUGUUAAAGAAUUGGGAAACGAUUUAGAUCAAAUCAAAAGCAAUGAAAAAUUACAAGCCAUUCUUACACAGGCCACUAUUAUGAUUGUCUCAGUAACGGCAUCUACCACGCAAGGAGUUGUACUCACGCCGACAGAAAAGGCAAGGAUAGACGAAGCCUGUGAAAUGGCAAUCCAACUGAACAAUUUUAAAUCUAAAAUCUAUGAGUACGUAGAGAGCCGCAUGACAUUUAUUGCACCCAAUCUAUCAAUGAUAGUCGGUGCCUCCACAGCAGCCAAGUUACUUGGCAUAGCGGGAGGUAUAAGCAAGCUUUCAAAGAUGCCUGCGUGCAACAUUCAAGUUUUAGGCUCACAGAAAAAGAUACUUUCUGGUUUCUCCCAAACUCAAAUGCUUCCACACACGGGCUACAUAUAUCACUCGCAAAUCGUCCAAGACACUGCACCUGAUUUGCGACGCAAGGCGGCCCGUUUGGUGGCUGCUAAAUCAGUGUUAGCGGCGCGAGUUGAUGCCUGUCAUGAGAGUAUGCAUGGCGAGAUCGGACUCAAGUUUAAGGAGGAAAUUGAAAAAAAACUUGAUAAGUUACAGGAACCACCCCCAGUAAAGUUUAUCAAGCCACUACCAAAACCCAUAGAAGGAAGCAAAAAGAAACGUGGCGGCAAACGUGUACGAAAAAUGAAGGAGCGAUAUGCCUUGACGGAGUUCCGCAAGCAGGCGAAUCGUAUGAAUUUUGGUGAUAUUGAAGAGGACGCCUACCAAGGAGAUUUGGGCUACUCUCGUGGUACCAUUGGUAAGGCGGGCACAGGCCGCAUUCGCCUGCCACAGCUAGAUGAAAAAACCAAGGUGCGCAUAAGCAAGACUCUGCAGAAGAACCUUCAGAAACAGCAGGUCUAUGGCGGAAGUACAACUGUUAAGCGUCAUAUUUCGGGUACUGCCUCUAGCGUGGCCUUCACGCCGCUUCAGGGGCUAGAGAUUGUGAACCCGCAGGCGGCCGAGAAAUCACAAACUGAAUCACAUGCAAAGUAUUUUUCAAAUACAUCCGGUUUUGUAUCGGUUGGCAAGCACACCACUUAAGCAAUUAAUGUCUCAAAUGUAACAUUUUAUUUAAAACUUUUCCUUUGUAAAAUUUAGAAUGCCUUACAUAAUACACUGUAAAUUAUUGAGAUUUGAUGGUAUAUAGUA